AUGGUGGGCCAGCUGAUCGCCGGCCGCACGAUCCAGGGCUUGGGCUCAGGGGGGAUUUUAAUCCUGGUGGACUUGGUUGUCUUUGACCUUGUACCGCAACGGGAACGCGGCAAGUAUCUGGGGAUCGUGCUGUCGUUGGCUACGGUAGGAGCUGUGCUGGGCCCCGUCCUCGGUGGCGUAUUGGCCCAAGCCAAUUGGCGAUGGGUUUUCUAUCUGAAAAUACCUCUAACCGGCCCAGUCCUGUUGUCUAUGCUCAUCUUCCUGCAGCUCAACGACUACAUGCGUCUCUACGGCGCGUUGACUGGCCUAGUGGGGUUGGUGCUGGCCUUCAACGCCGCUCUCCUCAUGCAGUGGACGCUGUACAUCCUCCCGGUCAACUUCCAGGGGGUGCAGCACAAAAGCCCGCUGACCUCCGGGAUCGACCUGCUACCCUACAGCGCCUUUCUGAGCUGAAAGCGGCACCAAGUUGAGCUGAAAGCGGAAAGGGAAAGUGAUCUGAUUUCUGCAGGAAUCCUGUUCGAUAUCCCAUUUGUUGAUUCAGAAUAAUGAGUAUGGAAACUCUUAGCAAUUAUCUCAAUUACUGCCCCGCCACGGGAAGAUACUCAAAAGCUUGCAGUGCGAGAGUC